ACACGAGGGGAAACCACUCCUGCUGGCAAGCAGCCAGAGGAUCAGAAGGGCCGUUAGGAGGCUGCAGCUCUUCCGAUGAGGCGCACAGAGUCAGAACGUCCCUCACCAGCUGCUGCUUCUGCUCCUCAGCAUCACCAUGGAUCUGCUCACGCUUCUCUCACUUUUCCAGACGCUGGCUCUCUGUCAAGCUUCUCGAAACGGGUCCACCUCCGGAUGGCAGAAUGAUUCCCUGCCUCAGCAGAAACAAGACCUCCAUAUCAAUCAGACCACGCUAUACUCCCCUUGGUUGUCCGGGGAAUGUUCUGGAACUCUGGGAGCCUAUCACGGUGAGCGACAGCUCGUCGUUGCACUUCCCCUGGCGUCCAGGGAGACAGCAGCAGAGCAAAUCUGCUUAGAUCUGGGCUGCGGAGGAAUGAUCAACGUGAGCGAGGGCGCAGUCCCUCGUGGCAGCAGCCUGCUGACAAACUGCACGUACUCAGAGGACGGCCUGAGGAACUGCACCCUGGAAACAGCGUGGGGAAACGGCCCCGGGACCACAGAAAUCAUCUGUGAGCACCAGCUGGUCCGGCUGGCGGGUGGCGAGGACCGCUGUACCGGGAGGGUGGAGCUGCGGAGCGCUGGGCAGUGGGGCACGGUGUGUGACGACGGCUGGGACAUGCAGGCCGGGCACGUGGUGUGUGCCCAGCUGGGCUGUGGCUACGCGCUGAACGUGACGGGCCAGGAUGGCCUCUUCAAGCCGGGAAGCGGGCCCAUCCACCUCGAUGACGUCAACUGCACCGGCACCGAGAGAAGUCUCUGGAAUUGCCUGGCCUCACACCACAGCCAGGACUGUGGCCACAAGGAGGAUGCCGGGGUGGUGUGCUCAGAGAUGAGAGCGGUGCGACUCACGGGCGGCCUGGACCGCUGCUCUGGCAGGGUGGAGAUCCACCGCAACGGCAGCUGGGGCACGGUAUGCGACAACAGCUGGGCAAAGCAGGAGGCCGGCAUGGUGUGCUCCAUGCUGGGCUGCGGCCCACCUGAGCAGUUCACGGCGUUCGACCACCACCUCCCGCACAGCAACGACACGCACUGGUACUUCUUCUGCAAAAGGCAACACACAAAUCUGUGGCAAUGCAGAGAGAUCAUCAACCACCACUUCCUAUGCAAGGACUCAAAAGCGGCCAUGCUCAUCUGUAACGGGUCCCUCGGCCUUAUCCCUGAUGCAACACCAGCGACGAUCUUCACUCCUCUGUCCUGGAGCACAGGUCCGACGUCGACACCAGAGCCAGGCGGGUUGUUCCUCGCUCUGUCCCCGCCGCUGUGGGGCUGCUUGGCUCUGUCGCUGGUUCUGAUGCUGGUGCUCCUGGUCAACUUGGUGCUGUGCUGCUGGUGUCGGUGGAAAUACACUUUCGCGGUUCAGCAGGGGAUCGUCAAACCCCAGGCACAUGCCAACGCUCAGCCCAAUGAGUACAGGGGCACCCUGGACGUCCUCAGGAUAGCCAGUGACCCCUCGGAAUAUGACGCUCCACCUGUUUGCAUGACUGUGCUCCACCAAAGCAGCGUGGAUUCCUCCCUGGAGCCAGACUAUGAGUACCAGGACCCCAGCGGCCGGGCAGCUCUUUCCACCUUCCAGAACUCCCUUCGCAAUAGAGAAGACAGCAGCAAUCCCACCAUGAAUCCCGAUGCUCUGUACUGUCUUCCAGAAACAGAUCAGCAUGAUAUAACGGCAGAAGAAAGCUACCCCCAAGCUGUUGACCAGAAUGUCACCCCAAGUGAAGACUCAUUUGAUUCAUCCAGCACUUCUUCCGGGGAAUGCUAUGUGAACACAGACAACACCAGCUGUCCAUUGCUGGUGGAUACUGUCCCGGAGCAGAGUGCAGUUAGCCAGAAUGGCUACAGCGGCCUGGCGCUCAAAGGAGAGUCCAGCUUGCAUUCUGAGGGACACUAUGGGAGCACACCUAGUGGGAGUGAUUAUGAUGACAUCGCCAACUACUGGCACUAAGAGGAACUGCACCUGCCCCUCCCCCAGCACCACCUGGUGACAGUUGUUCCCAUUCAAGCAUUUCUUUGAUGUGCCUCACCACUCGUUACACAUUUGACAGAUUUACGAGAUGCUUAUUGUUUUAGAAUGUACAAUGAAAAAGAGGUGCAAAUUGGGGUCAUAAUAUCAGCCUGAAUGAUUUUUUUCCUAAUGGAUUCUCCAUGAUUCAGUGAUGUACAGCACAGUUUUCUUAUACAUGUAAAGGUGCUCAACUUUACCGAGGGACACAGUCUGAGAGUUAUUAUAAUGUUCGUUUGCACACUGACCCUUAUCACCAUUAUUCCGGAGGAUGGACGUGUUGAAAGAUCCACCGUGAAGAUAUCCUUAGCUUGCUGCGAGUGUGGCUUUGAGGUUAGGGGAGUCUGUCAUGUUGGUCUGAGGUGAAAGCUGAGCUCAUUUAUAUUCCAAAUUUGGGCGACGGUUUGUACAAAACAACAAAUAAAAGGCUGCGCAGAAACCCAGCAGCCGCCAAAGCUACCUGCGACGCAGUUAUGAGAAAUGUAACAUGCCAGCCGUUAACAGCAAGCAGGAAAUCUAGAUAUAAUACAUGAAACAAAUUGCACUGCUGCCAGUAGUAACUGCAGCUUCAGAACGCUUCCUGGCUGACUUGUGGUCGUUCAGCAGAUGUGACACAAACAAGGCUGGCUGGUCUUUUUUGAGUAUUCAGAGCUUUUUGGUUUAAUUUUUUUUUGCCUUUCUCUAGUGCACCAAGCCAGCGCUUUCAGUAAUGGCACUUCCACUGGCAUACUGAGGUUUUAAUGAGACUUACAAAUGCUCAGGGUCAAAUGUUAAAUGUUCUGUGUCAAUGCUUGUUCAUGUUCUUCUUCCAUUGUCUUUCAAUAAAAAUUUGAUCACAACUUGA